AGGAGGCGCUGCUGGCCGCCGCGGUUGCCUCCGCUGCUGGGCGCCUGGGCAGCUACCGAGGGUUCUGCGGCCGCCAUGGACGAGCAGGCGGGUCCCGGCGUCUUCUUCAGCAACAACCACCCGGGCGCCGGCGGUGCCAAGGGUCUCGGGCCUCUGGCGGAGGCUGCCGCGGCCGGCGACGGAGCGGCUGCAGCGGGGGCGGCGCGAGCCCAAUACAGCCUCCCUGGGAUCCUGCACUUCCUGCAGCAUGAGUGGGCCCGCUUCGAGGUUGAGAGAGCCCAGUGGGAGGUGGAGCGGGCGGAGCUGCAGGCCCAGAUUGCUUUCCUUCAGGGGGAAAGAAAGGGUCAAGAAAUUUUGAAGAAGGAUCUUGUGAGGAGAAUCAAAAUGCUGGAGUAUGCUCUUAAACAGGAAAGAGCCAAAUACCACAAGUUGAAAUAUGGGACAGAAUUGAAUCAGGGAGAUAUGAAGCCUCCAAGCUAUGAUUCUGAUGAAGGUAAUGAAACAGAGGUACAGCCACAGCAAAACAGCCAGUUAAUGUGGAAACAAGGUCGACAACUACUCAGACAGUAUCUACAGGAGGUGGGUUACACAGAUACCAUUCUAGAUGUGAAAUCUAAACGAGUGCGAGCUUUGUUGGGCUUUUCAAGUGAUGUCACUGACAGGGAAGAUGACAAAAAUCAGGAUUCAGUUAUAAAUGGCACAGAGGCCGAAGUUAAAGAGACGGCAAUGAUUGGAAAAUCCGAGUUAACAGAUUCUGCCUCCGUGCUGGAUAAUUUCAAAUUCCUUGAAAGUGCAGCUGCAGAUUUCAGUGAUGAAGAUGAAGAUGAUGACAUUGAUGGAAGAGAGAAAAGCAUCAUUGAUACUUCAACAAUUGUUAGGAAAAAAGCAUUACCUGAUAGCAGUGAAGAUCGAGAUACAAAAGAAGCUCUAAAGGAAUUUGACUUCUUGGUUACAUCAGAGGAAGGAGACAAUGAGUCUAGAAGUGCAGGCGAUGGAACAGAAUGGGAAAAGGAAGACCAGUGUCUCAUGCCUGAAGCCUGGAAUGUGGACCAGGGAGUAAUUACCAAACUCAAGGAACAAUACAAAAAGGAGAGAAAGGGGAAAAAGGGGGUGAAGAGAAAAACUACCGAAGAUCUGUUUCAGCCUCUAUCCUAUAUAAAACAGUCAAAACAGGGAUGUGGGAGAAUGAAGAAUCAAAGCUCAGGGCCCAAUAGGUCAAAACUACAAGAUAUGCUUGCUAAUUUGAGAGAUGUUGAUGAACUUCCCUCAUUGCAGCCAUCUGUGGGUUCACCUUCCAGGCCCACCAGCUCCAGGCUUCCUGAACACGAAAUAAAUAGGGCAGAUGAAGUCUUAGAAUUGGGAAUCCCUGCCUCUGUGGAUCUAGUGAGCAGUGACCCAAGCCAUAUGGUAGCAUCAUUCAGCAAAGGAUAUACAAGCAUCUUUAACAUGGAAACGCAACAGCGCAUUCUCACUUUAGAAUCCAACCUAGAUUCAACCAACUCUUCUUGCCAAAUAAAUAGAGUCAUCAGCCAUCCCACUCUUCCCAUCAGCAUCACUGCUCAUGAAGACAGGCACAUCAAAUUCUAUGAUAACAAUACAGGCAAACUCAUCCACUCCAUGGUAGCCCACCUAGAAGCUGUUACAAGUCUAGCAGUUGAUCCUAAUGGCUUGUACUUGAUGUCUGGGAGUCAUGACUGUUCAAUACGUUUAUGGAACCUAGAAAGUAAAACGUGUAUCCAAGAGUUUACAGCUCAUCGGAAAAAGUUUGAAGAAUCCAUUCAUGAUGUAGCUUUCCACCCAUCCAAAUGCUAUAUAGCCAGUGCUGGGGCUGAUGCACUGGCUAAAGUCUUUGUAUGACACAAUGCAUUAUCUUCACCUUCUAGCUCUUUAUAAAUAAUCAACUGCACAAAAGAGAUACAGAAGACCAGGGCAAGAAUCAGCCUAUCCUGCCCUUUUGUUCUGCUGAAGGAGCACAGAGAACAUUUGUUAAAGUAUAGUUUUGCAAUUCGUAUACUGUUUUCUAAAACUAAGGUUUGUUCAGGUUGCUGCAAGCUCAGCUAAAUCUGUGAGCCUGAAAACUGUUUCAAAUUUUCCCCCAAAUAGGAGCUUUUAUUUCUGAGGUGGUUCUAAUUCGCUAGGCAGGCCUGAGCGAACAUAAGUUUGGCUUGUCCCUGUUGAGUAAAUAGGGCAUGCUAUAAGGGAUAAUUAAAAAGCUUGAUGACUGGGAAUGAGUAGAGGAAGAACAGAAAUUUAGACCUAGUUCUCCCCUGAGAAAUCUUGUUAAACACAUUAGGUAGUCAAAACAGUAAUCUUGACCAUAUCUGCUGUACUAACCCCUAUGUGCAUAAUGACCAGGCAGUGUUCAAAUGAGUUUUUAAUUUAGCUCUCCUUUCAUCUGUGCACAUAAAGCACCUGGCAAAGCAUUUUACCUAUUAAGGGGGAAAAAAAAGGAAAUGCAAUAAUAUGUUAAAUAUAUUAUUAUUCAGAAAUACUAAACAAAUAUUUAGUUUGUAAGCAGAUUUCUAUAUUGUAUUACAUUUUUGAAAAUAGAUUUGGUACCAUUGUAAAGUUUAGCUGUCAAAAAGAGUCACCAUUAUGAAUAGUUGAUAGAGUCUGCUUUUACUAAAGGAUUUAACUUAUUCAGGUUUGAGAUUCUGUUUAUUUUUAAGGGCAAGCAGGGCAUAUCUUUAUAAUAAUUUCUGUUAAUUUUAAAAAUUCACUUUAUUCAUGUGAUAUUUAUAGUAUCAGAGUGGUUAUCUCAUAUCAAUGAAAUCUUACCUUUCAGUGGUUUGAAAAGACGGAAGUUAUCUGUGAGUACUCAUUUGUCACAACCCACAUACCAUGCUUCAGAUGACCUCUUGCUCUUUCUUUGUCUCUCACGUUCAAAUUAUCUGACAUCUACCAAAACAGUUUGUAAUUAUUAUGUUUUAACAGCCCAAAGGGUUUGGUUAAUGUCAGAUACCUGCUUUUGCAGUAAAGCCAACUAUUUUGUACCCCAGAAGUCCUCCAUUAAUAUAUCCAAGAAUGGGAGCCCCCCUGGAAAUCUGGAUGGAAGAGUUCAGUGCAUAACCUUGGCUAAAGAGUUCUCUUUCUCUUUCCCUGCCCCUACCCCUCCUCCAUUCUUUAAUUGGAAUACAUAGCAUGUUUUAAUAGACAGUGUAUCGAUAUCGUUUCUGGGGAAAACUGUCAUAAAGGACCAGGCUUCCCUGAGCUCACCUAGCCUGUGACCCACAUGUGGCCAGCUCUUGGUAUUCCCAUGACCCCACUCUUUGGACCUAAUGUAUAGACCUCAUCCCUACAACUGUCUCACCUGUCUUCACACUCUCUUGUUUGCCCCAAAUGUCAGAGACCAAUGUAGAAAUUAGAAAUAAUUUACUAAUGCCCAAUGUUUCAGCAAAAUGUAUGUAUGAUAGUUCUCAGAUUUUAAAAAUACAUAUCCACAAAUAUUUUAAUCUUUUAAUAAAAUUACUACAUUCCUCUCCCCACAUAGUCCAUUGUCAUAACAAUGACACCUCUGAUGAUAUGUAUAUCUACUCCUUGAAAACGUAUUCUGGUGGUGAUAUGGAUAGUAAUUGACAAUUUUUCUUUAAAAUUUCUGUUUUCUGCCUCUCAGAGUUUUGAAGUAUACAGGCAGAUUUUCUUUAAAGAUGUGUGCUAGGUUUGCCUGAUUGAUAUACAGAUAUGCUUUAGUAUUUUGACUCAGCUACCUUUUCAUUUCAUCUGUGCUUUGGUUAACAGUGGGCUCAAGGGACUCCUUUGUAUAAUCAAAUGAAUUGACCUGGACUUGAGCUACCAGGUGAACAUUUAUAUUAUUCCCAUGCAGAUAUAGAAUUACACAUUUUGUUUGGUGCAUUCCUCUUUUGGUUCUUCAAUGAGUGAAAAAAUGGUGUUGCUGACCUAACAUUUAUAGAGGGAUACUGGAAAAUUCCAGUCAGGUGCCCUUACUUGGCAUAUUUAUGACAGAUUAAGCUAUUGUUCUACCAGUUACUGCUUUAAUUACCUCUCAAGGUCUUCAGUGCCUGCUUUACUUAUGCCACUGAAAAUUCUCAAAACCAAGACAUUCUCUUCCCCUGCAUUUUAUACCUCAUGGUUGAAAUUUUUCUGUUAGUGAGUGGAAAAUGACCAUGAGAAAGGUAGACUGUAGUGCAAAUGUUGGAACUGUUGAAAGUUCUUCAGCAAGCCAGUGCGUGCCAUUGGAAACUGUACACAGAAACAGAGAUUUUUCUCCACUAGCACUGUGUGAUCUCAGCCCAGAAAUGAGCCAAAGCUGUCUUCCAACCAGAUAGAAGCAUAGACAUGCGUCUGAUUUCCGCCCCCAGCCUACAGAAAAUUUAAUGAACAUCCACAAUAUGAACAAAUUCAAGAUUCAAACAGUCAUUGAAAUGCUUUCAUAGUGCUUGGUUUGUAAAUAUUUUGGAUGAAAUAUAUUGGGAUAGUAUGAAAAUCAGCAGGAGAUGUGGGUCCCCUGCCCUAUUUUCAUAUGCUGUGGAUACAUCUCUGGGAGCUUGCAGCACCCUUCUCAAAACCCAGAUGUCAUAUGGAGCUCAUUUGCUACUCGAACCGUAGACAGAUAUUUAACAUAAGUGAUAUAAUGACCUUCAGUAUUUUUCUAUUGAACAAGUUUAGCAAUUUUUGCCAUUAAACAGAUAAUUAGUUAUGCAAAGUAUUUAGCUUUUAUAAUCAUUUUAGUUAUGACUAAAAGGGGGGAAAUUAUGCUGCAUCACUGAUAAUGAACUUUGUGAAAAAUUUUUUGUUUAUCUGACUUUCAUUCCUUCAGUAUUCUUGCUAUAAAUUUCUUUUGGAGAUAAUGAUAAAGAUUUAUUUGAAAAUGUCUAAAAUGUAUGUAUAUUUUAUAAA